CUCUGAAACCCAAAAAACCUGUCAAUUCACCCCGAACACUCCCCAAACCCCGAAUUGACCUAGAACCUCCAAUAACCCCAAAGCUGAUAAUCAACAGCAAUAAGAAUAAUAAUAAUACCUCGACAAUGGCAUGUACGUAGGCACUACCACUGGCCGAAACCCCCGCGCAGAUCCCCAUGAGUACAAUAACACAAAUUCCCUUCAUUUUUUUAUAUUUUCGAUUUUUUUUCACUGUCAAGUUGCUCUUGUUCGAACGAUUCUUCCUGAGAUUAUUCAGUAUUCUCCACUGUAUAUAACCCCUCAGCCAAGGACGCCCAGCAACGCCAUUAGAACAACGAACGUCACAGGCGUCACAGAGCACCCGAUAAACGUGGCGCAAUGGCGUUCUCAUGUUCAAUUUCGAAUGAAGUGCCAGAGCAUCCAGUUGUCUCACCAGUCUCUGGGUGCAUUUUCGAGAAGAGAUUGAUUGAAAAAUAUGUUGCUGAUAAUGGAGUUGAUCCCAUCAAUGGGAAGGAACUGACUGUUGAGCAGUUGAUCGAAAUUAAUGUAAGUCCAACAGUAAAACCAAAGCCGCCAAGUGCCACUUCAAUCCCAGCGAUCCUAAAGAUCUUCCAGGACGAGUGGGACGCCCAGAUGCUGCACGCAUUCACCGUUCGCCAGCAGCUCCAGACCUGCAGGCAGGAGUUGUCCCACUCCUUGUACCAGCACGAUGCAGCAUGCAGAGUGAUCGCGAGACUCACGAAGGAGCUGACAGCAGCCAGGGAGGCUCUGGCGACAUUGAAGCCACAGGCGGGCAUUGCUCCCACUGCCAUUCCCCAGCCAGCAGUGGCAGUCGAGGCUGGAAGUGGUGCUAUCCAGCCCACAGAGCAGGCUGGCAUCACUGAGGAUGUCAUCCAGAUACUCCAGGAGAGGGCGACUGUCCUCACGCAGGAGAGAAAGCGGAGAGGCAGGUCCAUCCCUGAGGAUCUACUGCCUGCUGAGAGCAUCAGGACCUUCCAAACACUUGCUUCACACCCAGGUCUCCACAGUGCAUCAGUGCCAGGAAUUCUCGCUCUGGACAUUCACGGUGCUGACACGAGUAAAAUACUGACUGGAGGUGCUGACAAAAACGCCACAGUCUUCAAUAAAGACACGGAGCAGGUGGUGGCUAUUCUCAAGGGACACACCAAGAAGGUAACCAGAGUUAUUUAUCAUCCUGAUGAGGACGUCGUUAUGACCGCAUCUCCCGACUCGACGAUUCGCAUUUGGAACGUGGGGACGAGCCAGACUACUCUGCUACUGAGGGCUCACGACGCUCCAGUGACUGGACUGUCCCUUCAUCCCACUGGGGAUUAUUUGCUGAGCUCUUCUCUGGAUCAACACUGGGCUUUCUCGGACAUCAGGACUGGGAGACUACUUACUAAGGUUGCAGGUCCAAGCAGUCAACCCCUGACCACUGCUCAAUUCCACCCGGACGGUCUGAUCUUCGGAACUGGAACCCAAGACUCUCAAGUCAAAAUCUGGGAUCUGAAGGAACAAUCCAACGUCGCCAAUUUCCCGGGACAUUCUGGACCCAUCUCAGCGAUCAGUUUCUCAGAGAAUGGAUACUAUCUGGCCACAGCUGCUGAGGACUGCUGCGUCAAGCUCUGGGAUUUGAGGAAACUCAAGAACUUCAAGACUCUGCAGUUGGAUGAGGGCUAUGAGGUCAAGGAUCUGUGCUUUGACCAGAGUGGUACAUAUCUAGCUGUUGCUGGGUCUGAUGUCAGAGUUUACUUAUGCAAACAAUGGCAAGAACUGAAGGUCCUCAACGAUCACACAGCCACAGCAACGGGGGUUCGAUUUGGCAGACAUGCACAGUACUUGGCAUCCACCAGCAUGGACAGAACACUGAAACUUUAUGGACUUCCCUAGGAUAAUAAUUAAUUUUCUCUCAUUAUUAUUUCAUUUUUCGACGCAUCUCCGAGUAGUAUUAAGGUCCAUAAAGAUAAUGAAAAUAACAACAGUAACGAAUAAUGAAUAAACAAUUUUAAUAGUUUUAACA